CUGACUUUGUCACGCGACUUAUCGUUCCUGUGUGAGCAGGGAUGGCAGAGUAGCUUUAGCUCAAGCAGGCUUUUUCAUUCAAGGCAGUAGGAUCAUUCAGUAUUCAUGGUAUUAGCAGUAUUCCAAGAUCCGUUGCUGAAGUAACAUCAGUUGAGCUCCUUUGCGUUUCAUUGAUGAUCACUUAUUAAUUAUCUAGCUCUUGAAACUAGCACUAUUUGUAGCUCUCGCUAGCUGACCGUAUCUUGUACACGUCCAGGCCACUUUGCCACAUGUUGCCCAAUACUGGCAAUAGCAUGGCCGUGGCGAGCGUGUACCCUGCCAGUGGUUCGGCCUCAGCGCAGGAACACGAUCUCUCUCUACAGCUGCUGCAGAAGCAGCAGCAGCCUUGCCAGCAAGCGCAGGCACGGCUAGAGCGCGGUCAGCGCUUGACUAUGCUGGAGACGGGGCGAUCGGCUGACGGCGAACUGGCGACUCGCUCGGUGCUGUGCGACGACAGCGCUAGCGACGAAAAGGAGUACCAGAUUAUACCGUCUCUGUCGCUACCCUGGUCGGACGAUGGAACCACAACGGGUGCAGCGGAGCAGAGUCCACCGUACAGUGUGAAGUUUAGGCUCCUGGCGAAGCUAAGCACUCUGGCCCGGAUUUGUGGCGGUGGAAGCGAUCGUGAAAGACAGAAGAGGAAAGUGCGUUGCCGAAGCGCCUACUGUAUCGCCCAAAACGCGUGUGACUGCCAAGGACUACUGUUCAGAUCUGCUCGAUCGAGCAGGAGCAGCAGGAGCAGCAGUGGCUGGAGCGAGGCAGGGGAAUCAUCGGGUUCGUUCAGCAGUGAUGCGGAGAGCUGGAGCUCGAGCGGCGAACACAGCGAUAGCACACAGAGUCACUGGGACGAUCUGGAGCUCAGUGAUACUGCACUAAUGUCGCUCAAAGACGUCACACGCUUCAGCAGCAGCAAGCUGCGCGAGUGGCGUGAUGCCUUCCACGGGGACUGUCCCUCGGGCGUGAUGCGUGAACGGGAUCUGGUGAGCUUGUUUCAAUACUUCCACCCGGACGGGACUGCGCAGCAGUGGGCGAAACACUUGUUCCGCUCGUUCGACUCGGAGCAAACUGGCAACGUGGACUUCAACCGGUUCAUCUACAUGCUCUCGUUGAUCCGUCGCGGCACCAUAGCUCAGCACGUGUGCUGGGCGUUUGACCUGUACGACGUGCACCACCGCGGUUACAUCACGCACCGCGGCAUGACGGACGUACUGGAGAGCAUACAGCGAGUGUCCGGGUACAACGUGGGUGGCGCGGACGCCUCAGACCUCGCACACACGUUCCUGCGCGUGGCCAGUGCGUAUGGCGACGAGGUGGUCAACCUGCAGCAGUUCCUGUCGGCCGUGCUGCAGGAUGACUUUAUGGUCAAGGUGGCACUUGAUCUGGUCUGAG